AUGAGAGGACCAGCGAUCAGUCACAGAGGAGACCUCUGGGCAGAAUUCCGGAGCACUCUGGGGGGCCGUGACCUGCUGAAGGACAGUGAGGGAACCGGGACCGGUUCCACUUUGGACCUGAUCAGGAACUGCAAAGGCAAAGCAGACGAGGCAGACCCGGAGCCGGGCACAGAGAAAGGGCCUGAGGCAGACGGACAGCCAGGCUGCUGGCCACUUCUCCAUGGCCUUCUGAAGAUCCCUCUGCUCCUCAGCCUCCUCUUCGCCUUUGUCUGCUCACUGGACGUGCUGAGCUCAGCCUUCCAGCUCGCCGGAGGUAAAGUAGCGGGGGACAUCUUCCAGGACAAUGCCAUCCUGUCCAACCCUGUGGCAGGCCUGGUGGUGGGCAUCCUGGUGACCGUCCUGGUCCAAAGCUCCAGCACCUCCACCUCCAUCAUAGUCAGCCUGGUGUCAUCCGGACUGCUGGAGGUGCGGUCAGCUGUCCCCAUCAUAAUGGGAUCCAAUGUGGGGACAUCUGUCACCAACACCAUCGUGGCCCUGAUGCAGGCCGGAGACAGGAAUGAAUUCAAGAGGGCGUUUGCUGGGGCCACCAUACAUGACUGUUUCAACUGGCUCUCUGUGAUCGUUCUGUUGCCCCUGGAGGUGGCGACAGGCGUGAUGAGUAAGCUGGCCAAGCUCACGUUGAGCAGCCUGCAUGUCCAGAGUGGAGAGGAGGCCCCUGAGCUGCUCAAAGUCAUCACCGAGCCCGUUACUAAACUCAUCAUCCAGCUGGAUAAGGAUGUCAUCACAGCCCUGGCUCUGGGGGACCAGACCAUGAGGAACAGAAGCCUGGUGAAAACCUGGUGCAAGACCAUCAUCACAUCACUCACACUGGAUGCUACAAACACGACAACAGUUGCUGCUAGGAACUGUUCUUCUGCUCCGGGCUGUUUACAAGAAAACAAUGUCACCUUGACAACAGAGAAUCUGACCUCUAAUGUCAUCAUUGAGAAAUGCAGGCAUGCGUUUGUGGACACCCAUCUGUCAGACCUGGCUGUGGGCCUGAUUCUGCUGGCCGGCUCCUUGGCUGUCCUCUGCACCUGCCUCCUGCUCCUCGUCAAGAUCCUCAACUCGCUCCUCAAGGGCCAGGUGGCAAAGGUCAUCCAGGUCAUCAUCAACACAGACCCUCCGCACCCCUUUGGCUGGCUGACAGGCUACCUGGCCAUGUUCGUUGGCGCCGGAAUGACAUUCAUCGUCCAGAGCAGCUCGGUCUUCACCUCCGCUAUGACUCCGCUUAUAGGUAUUGGAGUAAUAAGUUUGGAGAGAGCCUACCCUCUGACGCUGGGCUCCAAUAUCGGCACCACCACCACCGCCAUCCUAGCCGCCAUGGCCAGCCCAGGGGAUAAGCUGCCAGCCGCCUGCCAGAUCGCCCUGUGCCACCUGUUCUUCAACGUCUCGGGCAUCCUGCUGUGGUACCCGGUGCCGUGCAUGCGUCUGCCCAUCCGCAUGGCGUCCGCGCUGGGCGAGCGCACGGCCAAGUACCGCUGGUUCGCCGUGCUUUACCUGGUGGCCUUCUUCCUGCUCAUGCCCUCGCUGGUCUUCGGCCUGUCGCUGGCCGGCUGGCGGGCGAUGGUGGGCGUGGGCGCGCCCUUCGUGGGGAUCACCCUCUUCAUCCUCCUGGUGAACCUGCUGCAGGCCCACAGCCCGCACCGCCUGCCCCAGCUGCUCCAGUCCUGGGACUUCCUGCCCCACUGGAUGCACUCCCUCAAGCCCCUGGACCGGGCCAUCACCAAGGCUACCGUCUGCUGCAGCCCGGGGAAGGCCGACCCGGAGGCGGCGGUGGCCACCACUGUGGCCCCGGAGCCUAAGCCGGCGGUGGUGAGGAAGGAGGAGGAAGUGCCGAGGAGGAGUGCAGUUGGUGAUGAUGAGGUGGUCUUUGAUAAUCCUACGCUAGCGUACCUGGAAGAAGUGCCAUCUCGCCCGCGGGUGUUUAAGCUACGAGGACUGGAGAGGUGCAACAGCACCCCACUGUAAAGGAGGCGCUCGGUACAGUAUUGCUAGUAUCUCUUGAACCGACUGGUGCUCUUGGAAAGGUAAACUAAAAAGUAAACCAAAAAGUAGGGAAAA